AUGAACCCCAAGAUUCGCAAGGCCGAGUACGCCGUCCGUGGCGAAUUGGCCAUCAGAUCCGAAAAGCUGAAAGUUGACCUCGCUAACGGCGCCUCUCACCCCUUCGAGCGCGUGGUCGGAUGUAACAUCGGCAACCCUCAAGCAUUAGAACAGAAGCCCAUCACAUUCUUCCGUCAGGUCGCAUCUCUUGUCGAAUACCCAGACCUCCUCAAGGACGAGAACGCAGAACUGACCUCGAAACUCUAUGCAAGCGACGCCAUUGCCCGUGCAAAGCUUCUACUCAAGCACAUCGGUUCCGUCGGCGCUUACUCACAUUCACAGGGCAUCCCUCAGAUCCGUGAGAACGUAGCCAGGUUCAUUUCGGAACGCGAUGGCUAUCCUGCAGACCCCUCGAUGAUCUUUUUAACCCAGGGCGCUUCCGCUGGUGUCCAGCUCACCCUCCAGAUGAUUGUCGAACAUUCAAACGUCGGAAUCAUGAUUCCCAUCCCUCAAUACCCGCUCUACACCGCUACCCUGGCGGUUUUGGAUGCUCAACCUGUGCCUUACUAUUUGGACGAGUCCAAGGGAUGGGGCCUGACUACCGAGGAACUUCAGCGUGCGUAUGACGAGGCUGCCCAGGACGGGAUUGAGACCCGAGCUCUUGUGAUCAUCAACCCCGGAAACCCUACGGGACAGUGCUUGUCCGAUGAGAACAUGUGUGAAAUCAUUAGGUUCUGCCAGAAGAACAAAGUAAUCCUUUUGGCCGACGAAGUCUACCAGACCAACAUCUACGAACCCGAGCAGCGGCCCUUCCAUUCCUUCAAGAAGAUCCUCAAGUCGAUGGGACCUGAGUUCGAGGGACUGGAGCUGAUCUCGUUCCAUUCAGUCUCCAAGGGCAUGAUUGGAGAGUGCGGUCGUCGCGGUGGUUACUUUGAGUGCGAGGGAUUAUGUCCCACGGUCCUUGAACAAAUCUAUAAGAUCUCGUCCAUCAGUUUAUGCCCGAAUGUCCAGGGUCAGAUCAUGGUGGACCUGAUGGUGAACCCGCCCAAGAAGGGCGAUCCCUCUUAUCUCCAAUACAAGCAAGAAUACGAUGCUAUUUACUUUUCAUUGAUCAAGCGCGCCAAGAAGCUCGAGGAGACCUUCAAUAGUCUUGAGGGAUGCACCUGCAACUCUGCAGACGGUGCCAUGUAUCUGUUCCCCCAUAUCCGACUACCCAAGAAGGCCAUUGCUGCAGCCAAGGAAGCCGGCAAGUUCCCGGAUCAGUUCUACUGCAUGGCCAUGUUGGAGGCCACAGGCGUGUGCAUGGUCGCAGGAUCCGGGUUCGGUCAGGUCGAGGGCACAGCACAUUUCCGAAGCACAUUCCUGCCUCAGCCAGAGUUCUUUGAUGACUUUUGCACGGGCAUCAAGGAUUUCCACGCUUCGUUUAUGAACAAGUACAGGGAUUAA